AUGGUUCUUCGUCAGGACUUUGUAUUUUACUACAGUGAGACGCAGGACACUCCCGAGGGCGCGGUGCCAAACGAGGAGCGCGCUUAUAGACUCUUCUGUUUGUUACUAUUUCAGACUCUAUCCUCACACCAAACGGCAAAACUGUUAUCACCAGAAGUGCCAAACCAAAACGGUUCGGUGUAUAGCUCUUUGGUUAUGGAUUCGUUUGUCUACAACAAAUUAAUGGAAUGGGGUCUGGCUGACUGGAUCCAUUUAUUUCAAGUAGCAAAAGUUGACAUGCGGAGGCUGUACUGUCUUGAAGAAUAUGAAAUCGAUCACUUGAUUUAUAAGAUUGGUCCAAGAGCCAAGUUCAAAAAAUAUCUCAAGGGAUUAAAGAGUCAACAAACAUCUGGUCAUGAAAAUCAAACUGAAUCAAAAUUUGAGGAGCUGUCAUGUGUUGAGGUUUUUUCAAGCACCUGCUGUAGUGCCAAAGAUGAUUGUGAUAGAGAAGAAGGGAUUCUAGAGACUGUUAAAGAAAUCAUGGCACAUGUUGAGGAAAAACUGAAUAAAGACAACACAGAACUUGGUAAUUUUCUGAGGAAUGAAAUAAAAAGUUUGACGGAAGAAAAGAGAGAACUGGUUGGGGUCUUUGGCCAAACUGGGGCUGGAAAGAGCACUUUGAUCAAUGCAGUCAUCGGAGAGAAAGAUCUUUUGCCCACUGGAAGUCUCACUGCCUGUACCACAGUCAUGAUCAAAGUGGAGACUACUCAGAGCAGACAGUAUGAAGCAGAGAUUGAUUUCAUCACAGUAAUGGAGUGGGAAGAUGAGUUGUGGUCUACAAAAAACCUUUUUAGCGAGACACAAAGUUAUGAAAAUGAGGAUAAUGGUGAAUAUAUUGACCUUACGGAAAAGUUAGAAGCAUUUUAUGGAGAUAUCUGGAAAAACAAAUCAGUCGAAAACUUGAUGGCCCCAAAGUACUUCAGAGAAAUACCAGAAUUUCUCCGCUCUGUGAAGAAGACAUUUCCUUGUGAAACAGUCAAGGAACUGAUAGAGAAAAUAGCUAGAUACACCAGAAGUGACAUUAUUGACUUAAAUAAGAAGUUGUUCUGGCCCGUGGUGAAGUGUGUGACUGUGAGAGUGCCAAACAAUGCCCUUCUUAAACAUGUCACUUUAGUGGAUCUUCCUGGAAAUGGAGACCGGAAUAAGAGCAGAGAUCAGAUGUGGAGAGAGAUUAUAGACAGUUGCUCAACAGUGUGGAUUGUGACAAAUAUGAAUCGUGCAGCAGCUGACAGAGAUGCUUGGGAGAUCCUGACAAGUGCAUAUGGUCUCAUUGAAAAUGGUGGCAUUUGCCAGAAUAUUCACUUUAUCUGCACCAAAACUGACAUAGAUGUUGAUGAAGUGCCUGAUGUUCAUCGUUACAUACUUGAAAAAAAUGUGUCCGCCAAACUCCUAGUGAAGGAAGAAAUUAAGAAACUUGCAACUUUGAAGAAACAUUUGAAUGUGGACUGCCUUGAAGUAUUCACAGUGAGUUCGAAGGAAUUUUUAAAGCCAAAAUACUUAGAACCAAAUGAAACAGAAAUACCCAAACUCAGAGAGUUUCUUCAUUGUCUAAAUGAGCUUCAUGGACAAACAUUCAACUAUGUUAGUGGUGUCCAUCGGAUUCUUUCGCUUAUGAAAGAAGCAUGGACAAAUAUGGCUCAGCAGAGAACACAACUGGUUGCAGAACUAAAUGAAAUCAUGAAUGAUAAUCUUUUAAAACUUAAAACAUGCAUGCAUGAUGCUUAUAUUACUCUUGACAAAGGUUUGUCUAAAGGUGCAGAGAAUUCCAGAUGUUUUUGCCAAGGACAUCUAUGGGAAAAAAUACACAAUGUAUCAGGCAGUGCUUUCCACACAAUAUUAAAGUGUGCUGUUGAAAAUAAUGGAGUCCACAGAUCAAACCAGGGGGAAGUAAUCAAUCUCAACUCAGUAUUGUCCACAUUUUUCAUCAGAAGCAUUCAAGAGGACUUCCGAAAGGCUUUCCCAAAUGAUGGAAAAUCGGGAAACUUUUAUGGAGCCCUCCAUGAAUUUUCACUGGGCACAACAGUACUGAUGCAAAAAUACAAAGAGCUCAACUUACAACUUACAUUUAUCAGAGCACAGGAAGAAAAAAUUAAGACAAGACUUAUUAAAAUCAUCAGAAACCGCAAGAAAAUGAUCUACGACAGUCUAACACAGACUGUGGAAGAAACUAUGCAAGAAUGUUACAAAAAAGCAGCAACCUUAAGCGGAAAAGGCAGUCUAGAAAAAAUGAGACAUGCACUUGAAACCUACGUUCAAGAAGUUAAGGAAACAAUGUUUGACUGUGCCAAAGAUAUUAUGUUGAGCCAGCUCCAAAACCUUAUGGAUGAUGUCCUAAACACAUUGAGUGUGAACCUGCAUAAAUCCAUUGAGCUGUCACUGAGAGAUGACAAGUCUAUUCCAGAUAUCUCACGUGAAUUUGAUGAAGUUACAAAACACUACAAUGAACUGAUGAUCAGUGCAGACGGAGAAGAUGAUCUACUUUUGUCAGACUCAGAUAUGGACCUGCCCUGAUGCUGACACCAAUGAGUACCUGAAUCUUAUGAAUUUAUGACCCUAAUGUUGCAUAUUUCAUAACAAGCAGUUACAUGAGAAUGAACACUUUUCAGACAACAACAAAGAAUGUCCUACAUCAGUACAUUUGUUACAUAUAGAUGCAUAACAAGGGAUUGGAGUGACAGUUUGAGAACUUUUUCAGUUUUAGUUCCUGCUCUAGGACAGCUUCCCAUUUAGACUACAAAUGAAACUGUGCUAUGGUAAUUGUGAAAUGUUUUUUAAUGUGUUGUGAAAUGUUGUGACUUUUUUUUUUUCUUCAUUCUCAAGACAAAUUUUAUUGACCCAUAAGGGAAAUUACUUGAACACAGUAGCUCAAUAAAUGAAUUAUGAUAAUUUCACUGU